UAUUUUUUCAAAGGAAAUGAGUGACGAAUCAAGGCAUAAACAAGCAGAGAUAAGAAAAGCACCGGGGGCGGCGUGACUCGGGCAGCUGAUUCACGAUCCUUCGUCGUAGUGACAACAUGACAACUGACACCUCCUGCAGCGCCAUCUAGUUCGGUCUCGAACGAGAGUUGUCAAUUCUCUAGUCGUAGUAAAAAUUAUUGCAUAAAAGGUGUUUUGCUGACAACGAAGUACAAAAAUAGAACUUGAUAUUAGGCAGACGUUGUAAUUUUGGUAUUUAGAGAAAAAAGUAAACUGACAGGGAAAGAUUCUGGAGAAGAAAAUCUACUUUUGCCAACAUGCCGGCAGUGCGAGGAGAUGGCAUGCGUGGCUUGGCCGUAUUUAUUUCGGAUAUCAGGAAUUGUAAAAGUAAAGAGGCGGAGAUUAAAAGGAUCAAUAAAGAGUUGGCAAACAUCAGGAGCAAAUUUAAAGGAGAUAAAACUUUAGACGGUUACCAAAAGAAGAAAUAUGUGUGUAAAUUGCUUUUUAUUUUUUUACUUGGCCAUGACAUUGAUUUUGGGCACAUGGAAGCUGUAAAUCUUCUAUCAUCUAACAAAUACUCUGAAAAACAAAUAGGUUAUUUAUUUAUUUCGGUGCUAGUCAACACUAAUAGUGAGUUAAUCAAACUCAUAAUACAAAGUAUUAAAAAUGAUUUAGCUUCAAGAAAUCCUAUUCAUGUUAAUUUGGCGCUGCAAUGUAUUGCCAACAUUGGCAGCAGAGAGAUGGCUGAAGCUUUUGGUAAUGAAAUUCCCAAACUACUUGUAUCAGGGGACACAAUGGAUGUAGUUAAGCAAAGUGCAGCUCUCUGUCUUCUUCGUUUAUUCAGGACUUCACAAGAAAUUAUUCCUGGUGGUGAAUGGACUUCUCGCAUUAUACAUUUGCUCAAUGAUCAACACAUGGGGGUUGUUACAGCUGCAACAAGUCUUAUAGAUGCCCUAGUUAAAAAGAACCCUGAAGAAUAUAAAGGCUGCGUCUCUCUUGCCGUAUCUCGCCUGAGUAGAAUUGUCACUGCUAGUUACACUGACCUACAGGACUACACUUACUAUUUUGUUCCGGCCCCAUGGCUAUCCGUCAAGUUGUUACGUUUGUUGCAAAACUACACUCCCCCAGCUGAAGAUCCCGGUGUUCGUGGUCGCCUAAACGAAUGUUUGGAAACCAUUUUGAAUAAAGCACAAGAACCUCCCAAGUCGAAAAAGGUACAACACUCGAAUGCCAAAAAUGCCGUACUGUUUGAAGCAAUUAGUUUAAUUAUUCACAAUGACAGCGAGGCUAAUUUGUUGGUCCGUGCGUGUAAUCAGCUAGGGCAAUUUUUAAGCAAUAGAGAAACGAAUUUGCGUUAUUUGGCGUUAGAGUCGAUGUGUCAUUUGGCAACAUCGGAAUUUUCACACGAAGCGGUGAAAAAGCAUCAGGAAGUUGUUAUUUUGUCCAUGAAGAUGGAAAAAGAUGUCUCGGUGAGACAACAAGCUGUUGAUUUGUUAUAUGCUAUGUGCGAUAAAAGCAAUGCCGAAGAAAUAGUUCAAGAAAUGUUGAAUUAUUUAGAAACUGCCGAUUACUCAAUAAGAGAAGAAAUGGUACUAAAAGUUGCUAUUUUAGCCGAAAAAUAUGCUACAGAUUAUACUUGGUAUGUUGAUGUUAUUUUAAAUUUAAUAAGAAUCGCUGGCGAUUAUGUUUCCGAAGAAGUUUGGUACAGAGUUAUACAGAUUGUUAUUAAUAGAGACGAAGUACAGGGUUAUGCCGCUAAGACAGUCUUUGAAGCUUUGCAAGCACCCGCCUGUCACGAGAACAUGGUCAAAGUCGGAGGGUACAUCUUAGGCGAAUUUGGUAAUUUGAUAGCAGGCGAUCAAAGAUCCUCGCCUUCGGUACAAUUCCAACUUCUUCACUCUAAAUAUCACCUAUGUUCACCGAUGACGCGUGCUUUACUACUUUCGACCUACAUCAAAUUCAUAAACCUCUUCCCCGAAAUUCGGGCCCAGGUUCAAGAAGUGUUCAAACAACACAGUAAUCUGAGGUCCGCGGAUGCCGAAUUACAACAACGAGCGUCCGAAUAUUUGCAGCUAAGCAUUAUUGCUAGUUCAGACGUGCUGGCCACCGUUCUAGAAGAAAUGCCGGCUUUUCCGGAAAGGGAAAGCUCUAUACUUGCUGUUUUGAAAAAGAAGAAACCAGGGAGAGUCCCGGAAAACGAAAUUAAAGAAAAUAAGAGUCCCACCCCGGUUGCCAACCAUAACAAUGACGUCAAUAAUUCCAGGUACUUGAAGAAAAAAAGUACCGUCUCGGGCGACUUGCUGGGGUUAUCGACUCCCCCAACCGCACAACCAAAUUCCGGGAACACCGGUGUUUUGUUGGACGUGUUGGGCGACAUAUACGGAGGAAAACAACCAAACAGCAGCACCAACAAUACUCAAUCUGUGAACAUGUACAACCCAAAGAAAUUUGUAUGUAAAAACAACGGCGUCUUAUUCGAGAACGACCUGAUCCAAAUCGGUGUCAAAAGUGAGUUCCGCCAGAAUUUGGGUCGCCUUGGUCUCUUCUACGGCAACAAAACUAACGUUCCUCUUCAAAAUUUCGUUCCGACUUUGUCGUGGCCCGAAGACCAAGGGUCCAAAUUGAGCAUACAGAUGAAGCCCGUUGAACCGGUCCUAGAAGCCGGUGCCCAAAUCCAACAAAUGAUCAAUGCCGAAUGCGUCGAUGAUUACAUCGGUUCUCCUAGUAUAGCGCUCACUUUCCUUUACUCAAACGCCCCUCAGAAAAUAACGAUCAAACUCCCACUGACCAUCAACAAAUUCUUCGAACCGACGGAAAUGAACGGCGAGUCGUUCUUCGCGAGAUGGAAGAACCUCGGAAGCACCAAUCAGCAGAGGUCUCAGAAAAUAUUUAGGGCCUCGUCGCCGAUGGACCUGCAAGCUGCCAGAACGAAAAUCAUGGGAUUCGGAAUGCAGCUUCUGGACGGGAUUGACCCGAAUCCUGAUAAUUUUGUCUGCGCUGGAAUUAUUCACAUGCGGUCGCAACAAGUCGGAUGUCUUCUUCGUCUAGAGCCGAACAAGAGUGCACAAAUGUAUAGAUUGACGGUGCGCUCUAGCAAAGAAAGCGUCUCGGUGGAGAUUUGUGACCUUCUAGCGGAUCAAUUUUAAAUAAGAUAGUAGAAACUAAUUAAGAGUGCAUUCCAUAGUAGACUUAUCUAAUUUCAAAAAUAACUGGUAAUUUUGCACCGCCGACGACAGAUUAUGCGCUCUUCUUGUUUUGAGAUUCGCUUACGACUAAAAAGCUAGAACGAGACAUUUUCAAACAAGAUAUAAGUGUGAAAUGUUACUGUUGCUUGAUGACGGUUAUUUUAUAAGCAUAUGUUUAUUUUGCCGAAAUAGGAUUCUAGAUUUUGUUUUCUUCUGAACGAAAAGGGUCCACGGAAGACUAACGUUCAUGUACAAUAAUUGUAUAUCUGACAAAAUUUUCUUCAAAAGAUCUGUUGUGCUCGAGUAUAAAGUAAUUACCAAAAAUGUACAAGAUGAGAAAAUCUAAUAUAUCUAGUGUAUAUUAUAAAUUCGGAAAAUAACUAUACCUGUAUCAUUAGCGCCAUGAUUGUAAUUGUAUUAUAUUAUUACAUUUUUAGAGGGUAGUUGAGAGCUUGACUUGAGUAGAUUAGUUGAAAGAAUGAAUUUGAGGAACAAAAUGCAUAUCAAACUUUCAACUGACCUCAUUUAUAUAUUUUACAUAAUCAUUAUUUAAUUGAGGAUUCACACAUUGUGUAGCAUUCGUUAAAAUUUAUUUGUAUAUGUUGAUCUGUAUAAAUAAGUAUGAUAUUGCUCUAGUAAUACCAAACACUUGCGAUUCCAUUUUAUAUUCCUCUUAUAUGUUUUCUUUUUUUUUAUAGUAUAUACAAAUAUCAUCUACAAAAUGCAUGAAAUUUUAUGUAAAAUAAUAUUGUGUAAUAUACUUUUUUUUGAACAAA